AGGCAGUUUAGGCAACCUGUCGGUUUGAUUGGAAAAUUACCGUCCGUGAGAUAAGUGUAUUCAAAAAUAUACGGUUUUCUAUUUCGGCGACUUCUAGAAAUUAGCUCCAAUUAGGAUGAUAUCAACGAUUAAUAAAAUAUAAAAGUUAUUAUUAUACCAUAUUAUUUCACAAAUAUAAAAUAAUAAAGUGUAAAGACAGUUGUAUAUUCAGAAAUGGAUGAUCUCGAGCAACAAUGUGAAGAAGCAGUAUUUGAAGUCUGUGAUGCUCGUGAAAGAUAUCCACUGCAAUGCGCAAAAGAAUUAGAGAAUUGUAUCAAACUUACUAACGAGAUAUGUAUGGCCAAGGUUCUUGUAAAACCAAUGAAAAUUCCAGAUUUGCCAUUUUUUACGAAUGAACGCUCCACAAUGUUAGAAAAAGAUCUUUCCGAAGCAACUGAACUGCUAAAGACACAAGAUCAUAAAUUGGAAAUAAUGAUAGAUAAGAUUGAUAAUUUGACAGCUGUUUUAGAUCAGAUUAAAAGGGACAAGUUAAGCAAUAUAAAUAAAUUAUUAUGGCAAUAAAGAUAUUUUUUGUGAUCGUAAUAUUAUAUUUAAAUUCAUAAAAUAACUGGAUAUUAGUUCAUAUAAAUGUCGUCACUCGUUUUUUUAUUGCAUAUAAUGUA